UCCCAUGAUGCAGCCGAGAAUGUGAAGCGGCGAAAGGCCUCCUUGGGUCGCAGGUUGUCAGCCCCCAACAAUGACGGUAGCAAAGGGGACUGCGGGGUGACAUUACGUCAUGACAGAUGCGCCCUCUUGGAAGUCCGGACGCCGCCGUUGAGCGGUUGUCUUGGUUAGCUGCCGUGAGCCGCCAGCGUCCGCUUGACGGCGUCUUUGCGACAGCAAUCCUCGCUUGACGGUGAGGAAGCCGGAAGCCGCCGCUGCCGCCGUGGUCCCCUCCCCGUCCCCGCCCGCCGGGUGCUGUCUGAGGUUGACAGGUCGCGGCGGGGAGGCGGCAGCGGCGGCGGCGGCAGAGCCGGGCGCCGGAGACGAGAGACCCCCAUGGGGAACUCGGCGAGUCACAGCAGUGAGGACGAAGCGGCGGCAGCCGGGGGCGAGGGCUGGGGUCCGCACCAAGACUGGGCUGCGGACUCCGGCACGACCUCCGGCCCCGGCCCUGCGGCGCCCGCGCUGCCGCCCGCCGCGGCGCUCCUGGAGCCGGCCCGGCUGCGAGAGGCGGCGGCUGCGCUGCGGCCCGUGCCGCCCUGCGAGUCCCUGGUGUCUCGGCACCACGGCGCGCUGCUGCGCUGGCUGGAGGAGCGGCUGGGCCGCGGCGAGGAGUCCGUCACCCUGGAACAGUUCCGGGAGCUGCUGGAGGCUCGCGGCGCCGGCUGCUCGGGCGAGCAGUUCGAGGAGGCCUUUGCUCAAUUUGAUGCUGAGGGUGAUGGUACAGUUGAUGCUGAGAACAUGUUGGAGGCCCUCAAGAAUUCCAGUGGAGCUAAUCUUCAGGGGGAGCUGAGCCACAUCAUCAGGCAGCUGCAGGCCUGUUCUCUUGUUCCAGGUUUCAUAGACAUAUUUGCAGAGUCAAAAGAGGGCCUGGAUGUCCACUCAUCAGUGAUUCUGCGCUUCCUGCAUCGCAAUCGAGCCUCUGGCAUGAGCAUCCCCUACCCCAUGCUGGACCACUGCAGUAACAUGUGCACCAUGAGGGCUUCUGUUCUAAAGGAGUCUCUGGAUCAACUGGUACAAAAAGAAAAAGAAAGCCCUGGAGACCUAACUAGAAGCCCAGAGAUGGAUAAGCUCAAGUCAGUAGCAAAGUGCUAUGCUUACAUAGAAACAUCAUCCAACCCUGCAGAUAUUGACAAGAUGACAAAUGGAGAAACGUCAUCCUACUGGCAGUCAGAUGGCAGUGCCCGAUCACACUGGAUUCGUUUAAAAAUGAAGCCAGAUGUUGUGCUUAGGCACCUGUCUAUUGCAGUGGCUGCCACUGACCAGAGCUACAUGCCACAGCAGGUGACAGUAGCCGUGGGGAGGAGUGCCGGCGACCUUCAGGAAGUCCGUGACGUGCACAUUCCCAGCAAUGUCACUGGCUAUGUAACUCUGCUGGAAAAUGCCAACAUCAGUCAACUCUAUGUCCAGAUUAACAUAAAGCGUUGUUUUAGCGAUGGAUGUGACACUAGAAUUCAUGGUCUGAGGGCUGUUGGCUUUCAGAGAGUUAAGAAGUCUGGGGUAUCAGUCUCAGAUGCUUCUGCAAUAUGGUAUUGGUCUCUGUUGACAUCUCUGGUGACAGCUUCCAUGGAGACAAAUCCUGCCUUUGUCCAGACAGUGCUGCACAAUACUCAGAAGGCACUGCAGCAUAUGCCUCCACUAUCCCUUUCACCAGGAUCUGCAGAUUUUUCAACUUUCUUAUCUCCCAAUGUACUAGAGGAAGUAGACAGCUUCCUCAUAAGGAUAACUAGCUGCUGCUCUACUCCAGAGGUAGAGCUAACUCUCUUAGCUUUUGCACUAGCAAGAGGAAGUGUUGCCAAAGUGCUGAGCUCUCUGUGUACCGUCACCGACCACUUGGAUACACACUAUGAUGCUUCAUCUCUCAUCUCAUCCAUGGCAUCAGUCAGGCAGAACUUACUCUUGAAAUAUGGUAAACCUCUUCAGUUGACUCUUCAAGCCUGUGAUGUCAAAGGGAAGGAAGAGAAAUCUGGACCUGAAAAUCUCCUUGUUGAGCCAUGGACAAGGGAUGGUUUUCUUACAGAGACUGGGAAAACCAGAGCAAGUACUAUUUUUUCUACAGGAACUGAGUCUGCCUUCCAAGUUACACAAAUCAGAAUUAAGGUUCGACGUGGGGGCAUUGGUGCCCAGUGUGGAUUGGUGUUUGCCUAUAACUCAUCUUCUGAUAAAUUUCAUGCAGAAGAACAUUUUAAAAGGUUUGAAAAAUAUGAUAAAUGGAAAUUUCAGGAAUUCAAGCAGUUUGUGAAAAGCAGGAUUGGUUGCUCAUCUGAUGAUCUUGGAGAAGAUGAUCCUAUCGGAUGGUUUGAACUGGAGGAAGAGUGGGAUGAAGUAGACAUUAAAUUGCAGCAGUGCAGAAUUGCCAAAUAUUUGAUGGUGAAGUUCCUCUGCACCCGUCAGGAGUCAGCAGAGCGCUUGGGAGUACAAGGUUUGAGUAUCAGUGGGUAUCUUCGGCCUGCAAGAACAGAAGCAGAACAGAGUGUGGUCUGCGCCCACUGCAGAAAGGAUACAGAGGAGAGUGUCUGUGGGGCCACCCUACUCCUCAAGACCCUUCAGUUCAUCCAGCAGCUCGCCCAUGAUCUGGUGCAGCAGAAGGAAAGUGGCUUAAAAUAUAAAUCUUUUCUGGACUUCGCGGGUCUUGAUUUGCAGAUCUUCUGGAAUUUUUACAAUAAAUUAAAGCAAAAUGCAAGGGAAGAAUGCCUCUGUGCUCAGACCCUACUUCUACAACUCCUCCAGAGCUGCUUCUCAGUGCUGCAGGGAGGAGACACGCCAGCUGCCUCUGAGGGGUCAAAGACUCCAAGCCAGAAUCCUGGACGGGUGGAGGCUGCCAAGGAGCUCUAUACACACUUAUGUGAUGUGGUAGACAGAGUGGAUGGAGACUCUAUUCCCAUGGAAAUGUUAAAACAAGAAGUCAGGAAUACUCUUCUCAAUGGAGCUGCCAUCUUUUUUCCUGAUCAACAGACCCGGAGGAACCACCUCUUCACCAUGAUGAAGAAUAUCACUGACCAGGAACAUAAGCAGUCCUUACAGCUCACUUUCCGAUCACUGUGCACAUAUUUUAGUGAUAAGGAUCCGGGAGGUCUUCUGCGUUUACCUGAGAAAGGUGAUCUGGCUGACUUGAGCAUCACUGAAGUACUGACGGUCAUGAGCACCCUCCUUUCUGUUGCUGCCCGAGAGUGUGAACUCUUGAUGCUUGAUGGACUACAAGGGGAUGUUGGCUUUGUGCUCUUCUCCCUGUUCUGGUCCGUCCAGGGCAGCCUACUUUCCUGGUGCUACCUGCAGCUGAAGGGCACAGACUCCGGAGCCAAAGAUCUUGCUGUUGACCUCGUUGAGAAAUAUGUGAGCCAAUUUCUAGCAAGCAUGAGAGUGAUUUUGGAAUCCCUUUUGUCACAAUAUAGUGGAAAAACCGUAGUAGAAAAAUUAUGUAAUUCAGUGUUUUCAAUGGCAUCUCGUCAACUGGUGAUCUUUCUGCUGGACUUUUGCACUUUAGAUAUUGCACAUUGUACACUCUUGCGAGAGUUCAGUACAGUAACAGAAUUAUUGAAGAAGCUCUGCAGUGACCCUGAAGGAGGACUAAAUAAGCUGGAUGCUGAGACUUGGCAGCAGGAGCAGCCUGUGGUGUUGCAUACAUGGACUAAGGAAUCUGCCCACAACUAUGAAAAUAAUUGCCAUGAAGUAUCUGUCUUUGUUAGUCCAGGGGCAACCUAUUUCGAGGUGGAAUUUGAUGACAGAUGUGAAACUGAAAAAAGGUACGACUAUCUGGAAUUUACUGACUCUAGAGGUGGGAAAACACGCUACGACACAGCAGUUGGCACUGAUAAAUGGCCCAAGAAAGUGACCUUUAAGGCUGGUCCUCGGCUGCAGUUUCUCUUUCACUCAGACAGCAGUAACAACGAGUGGGGCUACAAAUUCACUGUCGUUGCUUAUGGCCUACCUGAUGUUGCAGUGUCGUGGGGGUUGGAUUUACAACUCCUUGUUUCCCGACUGAUGGGACGCCUUGCUUCCCAAUGCAUGGCGCUCAAGUCCGUACAUCAGUUAGGAAACAACAUGGCAGUGUCACAGUCCAAAAUGACAUUAGUCCUAAACUCUCCUUUAUGGAAACCUGUCUUCAGACACCAAAUGUGUCCAGAGUUGGGAACAGAAGCAAGUUGGCCCACUCAUCCAUACCCAGAUAGGAAAGAGGUUAAGAGCAUCCCUGACGAUCCCUGUCGCCAUUUUCUUCUUGAUUUUGCACAGUCAGAUCCUGCCCAGAACUUCAGUGGGCCAUUUUCAGAACUUUUCAAAGGAUUCAUACAGGCAUGUAGAAAACAGGCCCCAAAGACAGAUAUAGUUGCUGGUUCCACUAUUGAUCAAGCUGUGAACGCCACCUUUGCUGCUCUGGUGUAUCGCACUCCAGACUUAUAUGAGAAGCUGCAAAAAUAUGUAAACAGUGGCGGCAAGAUAGCCCUGAGUGAAGAGUUUGCACAAGUAUAUUCCUUAGCAGAUGGGAUUCGAAUAUGGAUGCUAGAGAUGAAGCAGAAGUCCCUGAUGAGUCUGGGGAGUGAGGCAGAAGAAAAACGUGGAACUGAAGCUACAGAGCUGAACCCUGAGAGCUUGGCAAAAGAAUGUAUUCAGAAGAGUCUUCUAUUAUUAAAAUUUUUACCUGUGAGUUUAAGUUCAAAAGAAAACUGUGACAAGCUGGCUACUACAGAUGAACCGGCUCAUCUGCAACGACUUGACAGACGCCAGAGGACAAGCUCUGUGGUGGAAGAGCAUUUCCAGGCCUCUGCCUCUCCCACUGAAACAGCUCCCCCUGCUGCAGGAGAUGGGAGUCCUGGCUUGGAUGCCCAGCCCAAACCACUGUCCAGUAGUGGUCCUCUUGCUGCAGAUAUGUCUUCUUCUGUAGCUGAUGAGCCCUCAUCACCUUCCACACCCUCCCGGAGGCCUCCCUUCACUCGAGGGAGACUCCGCCUGCUUUCCUUCCGAUCCAUGGAGGAGGCCAGACCAGUGCCCACAGUGAAAGAGAAAUACCCUGUGCUGAAGGAUGUCAUGGACUUUAUUAAGGACCAGUCACUCUCACAUGAGAAUGUUGUGAAGGUUCUUUCCUUGAGGAAAGCACAAGCCCAAAAUAUCCUUGAAGCCCUGAGGAUAAUUCAAUAUUGUACAGAAUCCCUUGGACAACCUCACUGCUUUCACCCACCUUACAUACUUUUCCUGCUGGAACUUCUGACUUGCCAGAAAGAAUUUACCAAUUAUUUUGGACACAUGGAAGGCUGUGGUGCAGAACUACACAAAGAAAUCCGAGACACUUACUAUCAACUUGUUCUGUUUAUGGUCAAGGCAAUUAAAGAAUCCAGUAGCAUAAAUGACAGGAACUUGCUGCCUGCCUUAUCCUGUGUGCAGACAGCAGUGCUUCAUCUUCUGGAUAUGGGCUGGGAACCCAGUGAUCUUGCUUUCUUUGUUGACAUUCAGCUACCAGAACUUCUCAUGAAAAUGUCACAGGAAAAUAUCAGUGUCCAUGACAGUGUGAUCAGCCAGUGGAGUGAGGAAGAUGAGCUUGCUGAUGCAAAGCAAAAUUCAGAAUGGAUGGAUGAAUGUCAAGAUGGCAUGUUUGAGGCCUGGUAUGAAAAAAUAGCCCAAGAAGAUCCAGAGAAGCAGAGGAAAAUGCAUAUGUUCAUUGCUCGCUACUGCGACCUGUUAAACGUGGACAUCUCUUGUGAUGGGUGUGAUGAGAUCGCCCCUUGGCAUCGCUACAGAUGUCUGCAGUGCAGUGACAUGGAUCUCUGCAAAACCUGCUUCCUUGGUGGGGUAAAGCCUGAGGGCCAUGGGGAUGACCAUGAGAUGGUGAACAUGGAGUUUACUUGUGACCACUGCCAGGGUCUGAUCAUAGGCCGGAGGAUGAAUUGCAAUGUAUGCGAUGAUUUUGACCUUUGCUAUGGAUGCUACGCAGCCAAGAAAUACUCCUAUGGCCAUUUGCCUACCCACAGCAUCACUGCCCAUCCAAUGGUGACCAUUAGGAUCAGUGACCGGCAGAGGCUCAUCCAGCCCUACAUUCACAACUACGCCUGGCUGCUCUUUGCUGGCCUGGCUCUCUAUAGCGCCCACGUAGCCAGCGCAGAGGAAGUGGAUGGCGAGAAGCUGGGUCCCCAGACCCGCAGCAGUGCUAACACCCUGAGGAGCCAGUGCAUGCAGCUUGUUGGAGACUGUCUGAUGAAGGCUCACCAGGGAAAAGGUCUUAAAGCUCUAGCUCUUCUUGGUAUAUUGCCAGAUGGUGACUCUACCCCAGAAAAUCAGACCCUGCCAGUCACUGUACCCACCUCAAAAUCAGAGGAACAGCUAGGGAAGAACACUGUCCAGGCUGCUGAGGAACCAUCAGAUACAGGCCCUUUAGUGCAGAGCAAUGAAAAGAGAGAUAUUCAUAAGGAUACUAGACCUUUGGACUAUGAGCAGGGAAAUAAGGCAGAUGAAAGUGUCUCAUUAUCAAAGGAUCCUUCAAGUCAGGCUGAAGUUACAGGGUCACCUGCAGACACUAGUGUACCUACAGGACUGACAGAUGUUGAAAAUCCAGAAGUGUCAUCUCAGAAGCCCAUUGAGGAGAAGGCUGAAGUCACUCCAAGCCCUGAACAGGUGUUUGCUGAGUGUUCCCAGAAGAGAAUUUUGGGAUUGCUAGCAGCCAUGUUACCUCCCCUAAAGUCGGAUCCCGCAGUCCCCCUGAUAGAUCUGGAGCAUGUCCUCCCACUCAUGUUCCAGGUUGUCAUCUCUAACGCAGGCCACCUGAAUGAAACCUACCACCUCACCUUGGGCCUUCUGGGCCAGUUAAUCAUCCGCCUUUUACCAGCAGAGGUAGAUGCUGCAGUGAUCAAGGUCCUGUCAGCCAAGCACAACCUGUUUGCAGCAGGGGACAAUUCUAACAUGCCAGAUGGCUGGAAGACCACCCACCUGCUCUUUAGCCUGGGAGCUGUGUGCCUAGACAGCCGCGUGGGCUUGGACUGGGCAUGCUCCAUGGCAGAGAUCCUGCGGUCACUUAACAGUGCCCCCCUGUGGCGUGAUGUCAUCGCCACCUUCACAGACCACUGCAUUAAGCAACUGCCUUUCCAGCUGAAGCACACCAACAUCUUCACUCUGCUUGUGCUGGUUGGCUUCCCCCAGGUCCUCUGUGUGGGAACGCGCUGUGUUUAUAUGGAUAACGCCAAUGAACCACAUAAUGUGAUCAUCUUGAAGCAUUUCACGGAGAAAAACAGGGCUGUGAUAGUUGAUGUCAAAACUCGGAAAAGGAAAACAGUGAAGGACUACCAGCUGAUCCAGAAGGGUGGACAGGAAUGCAGCAACUCUCAGGCCCAGCUGAGCCAAUACUCCCAACACUUUGCCUUUAUCGCCAGUCACCUUCUGCAGACCAGCAUGGACAGCCAUUGUCCUGAGGCAGUGGAAGCAACUUGGGUCCUGUCACUGGCCCUCAAAGGAUUAUAUAAAACACUAAAGUCCCACGGCUUUGAAGAGACUCAUACUACUUUCCUUCAGACCGAUCUGCUAAAACUGCUGGUAAAAAAGUGCAGCAAAGGAACCGGCUUCAGUAAAACGUGGCUCCUCCGGGAUCUGGAAAUUUUGUCCAUCAUGCUGUACUCCUCAAAAAAGGAAAUCAGCACUUUGGCUGAGCAUGGAGACCUGGAGCUAGAUGAGCGAGGAGACCAAGAAGAGGAAACGGACCGGUCAGUCAGCAGCCCUAGUGACCCGGAGCAGAAAAAGCUAGACCCUCUUGAAAACCUGGAUGAACCCACCCGAAUCUGUUUCUUGAUGGCUCAUGAUGCUCUCAAUGCCCCUUUGCAUGUUCUCCGGGCCAUAUAUGAACUGCAGAUGAAAAGGACUGAUUCUUUCUUCCUGGAAGUUCAGAAGAGGUUUGAUGGAGAUGAGCUCACCACAGAUGAAAGGAUACGGACUCUGGCUCAGAGGUGGCAGCCCAGUAGGAGUCUGAGACUGGACGAGCAGAAUGCCAAAGCUGUGGAUACAGACAUGAUUAUCUUACCAUGCUUGUCCCGGCCAGCGCGCUGUGACCAAGCCACUGCAGAGUCAAGCCCCGUGACCCAGAAGUUGAUCUCCAGCACUGAGAGUGAACUCCAGCAGAGCUAUGCCAAACAGCGGCGCAGCAAGAGUGCCGUCCUCCUGCACAAGGAGCUGAACUGCAAGAGCAAGAGAGCUGUCCGGGACUACCUUUUCCGUGUGAAUGAGGCCACAGCUGUCCUGUAUGCUCGCCACGUGCUCGCAUCCUUGCUCGCUGAAUGGCCCACCCAUGUGCCAGUGAGCGAGGACAUCCUGGAGCUAAGUGGCCCUGCCCACAUGACCUACAUUUUGGAUAUGUUCAUGCAGCUGGAAGAAAAGCACCAGUGGGAGAAGAUCCUGCAGAAGGUGCUCCGAGGCUGCCGAGAGAGCAUGCUGGGAACCAUGGCCCUGGCUGCCUGUCAGUUCAUGGAGGAGCCAGGAAUGGAGGUGCAAGUGCGAGAGUCAAAGCACCCAUAUAACAACAACACCAACUUCGAGGAUAAAGUUCACAUUCCUGGUGCAAUCUACCUCUCAAUCAAAUUCGAUUCUCAGUGCAAUACGGAAGAAGGCUGCGAUGAACUAGCCAUGUCCAGCAGUAGUGACUUUCAGCAGGAUCGUCACAACUUUAGUGGUUCUCAACAGAAAUGGAAAGAUUUUGAACUCCCAGGAGAUACUCUGUAUUACCGCUUCACCUCAGACAUGAGCAACACUGAGUGGGGCUACAAAUUCACUGUGACGGCUGGACACCUGGGGCGGUUCCAGACAGGAUUUGAAAUUUUGAAGCAGAUGUUAUCAGAAGAAAGAGUUGUGCCGCACCUCCCAUUGGCCAAAAUUUGGGAGUGGCUGGUGGGUGUGGCCUGCCGCCAGACUGGUCAUCAACGAUUAAAAGCCAUCCAUCUGCUUCUGAGGAUUGUUGGAUGUUGUAGCCACAGUGACCUCUGUGACCUUGCACUACUGAAGCCCUUGUGGCAGCUCUUCACGCACAUGGAGUACAGCCUGUUUGAGGACGUGACCCAGCCAGGCAUCCUCCUCCCUCUGCACCGUGCCCUCACUGAGCUCUUCUUUGUCACCGAGAACCGUGCCCAGGAGCUCGGCUUGCUGCAGGACUACCUGCUGGCCUUAACCACUGAGGACCACCUUCUUCGCUGCGCAGCACAGGCUCUACAGAAUAUUGCUGCUAUCAGCCUGGCCAUCAACUACCCCAACAAGGCAACCGGCCUCUGGAAUGUUGAAUGUUAGCCCUUGGUGUGUUGUUCAUGGAACUACCUAAUCUGUCCACAGGGAUCUCAGAGCAGACAUGUAGACUCAUUCAGGAAAAUUCCUGUGGUAUCAGGUCCCUGCUCUCCUUGAGCUCCCACUCCCCCUCUUGAUUAGAAUGCCAAGCAGUCAUGUCUCCAAGAACUCCUUGUGUCACAGGCUAGACACCUGCACAUAGCACAGCAUGUGAGGAGAAGUGAAGCAAUACCGAGCUGGGUGGAAAGGGCAACAGAAGGCCCUUUGAGGCUCUUGCAGCCCCAGCUCUCUCCAUGGUCAGUGCCUGCGGAAGCCACAGCCCUGGGACGAAGCUGGAAAUGGCCUUGUUGAAAUGUUUCACAGCCUGCACUUACCCUUUGGGUGGAGACAGUGUCUGCCCAAAGCCGUCUGCUCAGGAGACCUCCAACAGCAGCAGCAGAGACCUGGCCUAGGAGCUUAUCUUCUGCUUUUGCUUGAGACUGAGUAUUCCCAACCCAAACCAGUGAGAGCCCUGCCUAGCCACCAGCCGGCCCGCAGGCAUUCAGCACAGGCCCAGGCGCUGUCCCAGAGAAGUCCUCAUGAGAACAAGUGCCCUUGGGAGCAGUUAGCAGGCCACCAUGCGUGUCUGCUCCUGCACUGGCUCCCAGCACAUCCUUUUUUUUUUUUAUCAGUUUUGUUUUAAUAUAUUUUAAUUCCCACCUCAUGUUUUUAGAACAGAACCACAGUAAUUCCCUUGAGAGGGCCUCCAGGGAAUGACGGGGCCGGGUGGGGAGGGGUAGGCUGGUUUGUGUGGAAGUAGCAAAACUUAAGAAACACUCUUCAGCUUCUGUACCUAAAGACUUGAAGUUCUGUCAGAGGAGUUCUUAUUUUAGAUGUCAAAAACCCAAAACUAAAAAAAAAAAAAAACACCAACACACACAAACACGAUUUUAUUAUUUGCUCCACAGUCACAGCAAUUUGUCAUGUCCACCUCUGGGUCUCCACACAGUCAUUUGACUGUCACUUGUCUAGCAAUAACUGCAUUUGUUCUGGUGAAUGCUGUUUUCCAGCUUUCUUUUUAUGUUUGGAAUCUUGCCCUGAAGUGCUGAUUAUCAUUCUCUUUCCAAAGCCACACUUUGGAGUGUGGAGCUGGGUUGGCACGUGGGCUAAGUGUUGGCGCCGGGUCAGUUGGUGGGGGGCCCGUUAGUAUGAGAAAUGCUUGAAGUGGCUGCCACUUAAGGACAGGUAUCUGGGCCCAAGCAUGUCUCUCCACGUAGCGUGGAACCCAAGGAAGUCUCCUCUGGUCAGGGCCGAGUCAGUCAGAUUGGCACGGCCAUGGCCUCUGAAGUCCCCUCGGCAGUGUCUGCAGGGGUCUGGAUUUCAGGCCCUCCCUGCACAAGCGCUUUUGCUUUCUGAGUCUGGAGGUCAAAGCUUAGUGACCUUCUGCAGCCCUAGAAUGGGAUUCUCAGCUAUGCCCCAGGCAGCAUGUGCAGCUGCCUUAGAAGGGAGAGUUCAGAGAGAAACAUGUGGGUCCUGAAACACGGGCACCUAAAGCCCAUCACCUUGCUAGCGAUGAGACCUGCGCCUGGCCAGGCUUCCCGUUUGCUCUGUGGGGAUAAAAGUAGACAGGCUCUGUCAGCUUGGUAGAAACCCCUUCUCCAUCUUUUGCUCCGCUUCCUUCUCCAGAAAAAGCCCCAUAUUCUUUUACCACGCAGAACCGAACAGGUCUCACAGUAAGGAGGGAAAUCAGAGAACAGGUGGGCUCCGUCCCUGGUGGACUGCACAGUAGCUAGACCAUGAGAUGGGGCAGCCCAGUGUUGAGCCCCCUUCAUGUCUCCCACAUCCCCUCCAGACCUCAGACCAACUCUGAGUAAAGCGGGACAGACGGAUGAGGCAGGUGUCCUACCCCUCGUCACAGCCGCCACCAGCUUUGCUCAACUUUCUUCCCUCCGGAAGAUAGACUGUAAAUAAACGCUGGACUCCUCAUACCUUCUCUCCAUACACCACCCUGCUACUCUGGUCUCUGUGCACUUUGGUUUCUGUAGAACACGCCUAAGUUUUCCCCUCACACACAGCUGCUGCUCUCUCCUUCCUGGCACAGCCCCUCUGGCCUGGCAUCCCUGCAAAACACCUCGCCACUGCUUCUAGCCACUAGGUGGCACUGCCGAGCCAGGCCCCUGCUACCCUGGCUCCCUCUGUUCCGGGUUCCUGCUCCCCAGCCAGGACCUACAUUUGGGGGGGGGAAAUGGAUUUCCAUCAAGACCAACAUCCUUUUGAUCCUUCUUAAGAGGCAGGACUGCCCAGAAUGAGAUACAACUGGCAGGAAUAAAGAUGUUGUGGAAACUUGUGCCUAAUCUACAAAGAAAAUCUAUUCCAAAUCCUAUAUAUUGUACAGACACUGUUCCUAAUGAGAGGAGUGACUUAUUUUCAUCAUCGUUUUUAAUUUGUUUUCUUACGGGUUUACGGUUUUCAAUUUUUCUUAUUGGUUGAAAGAAAGAAUUUUGAUUAUAUCAGCUGAGUGAGUUCAGCUUGUAAAAAGGAUGUUAAGUUGUGGUAAAAUAUGCAAAUGAAGAGAAAUAUAUUGUACAAAUUCUAUAUAAAAUACAAUUGUA